CAUUGCAUUACAGAAGACAAAACCUGCUUGAUAAUAUCAGCAAUGGCGGCUCUUCUUGCAACAAUCCUCUUGUCUCCUCGGCUGAUAUCUCGAGCAAGAUAGGGGUGAAUUAUGAUCGGAAAGGGAACAAUUUGCCGUCGCCUUAUCGAACCAUUGAGACCGUAAGAUCGAUGAACGCAGGCCGUAUUAAGCUUUAUGAUUCCGACCAUGAAAUAUUGAAGCUUCUUUCAGGGACUAUUCAUGUAUCCACUAUGGUUCCGAACAAUGACAUAAUCCGCAUUGCUUCAAGCCAAGCAGCAGCUGAGCAAUGGGUUCAAAGCAAUGUCCUAGAUUUUUACCCCGGCACGAUGAUCCGGUUCGUGUUAGUCGGCAACGAAGCCCUCAGCCACGACCGCAGAGUUUGGCCAAGCCUUGUGCCUGCACUGCGCAGGAUUAAGAACUCUCUGAAUGCUCAUGAUAUUAAGAACAUCAAGGUCAGUACUUCGUUGGCUAUGGACGUAUUGCAAUCGACUUUUCCUCCAUCCAGCGGUGAGUUUCGGUCUGAUAUUGCGGAUACGGUGAUGGCACCAUUGCUGAAAUUCUUGAACGGGACUAAAUCGUAUUUUUUCAUCGAUGUUUACCCUUAUGUAGAAUGGUCUGCUGACUCAAGGAACAUCAGCUUAGAUUUUGCUCUUUUUAGAGGAAGAGCAAACCAAACUGACCAUAACACAAGCUUAGUUUACACAAAUCUGUUAGACCAAAUGCUUGACUCGGUCAUUUUCGCGAUGAGAAAGCUCGGAUACCCCGAUAUCCGGCUCGCGAUAGGCGAAACAGGUUGGCCUAGUGCAGGGGAUAUGGAUCAAGUUGGGGCGAAUAUCAACAACGCAGCCACUUUUAACCGAAAACUGGUUCAAAAAAUUACUACAAAGCUACCAAUAGGAACCCCUGAUAGACCUGGUGCAGUCAUACCAACAUUCAUUUUCUCCUUAUAUGAUGAAGACCAAAAGCCAGGGCCGACAACGGAAAGGCAUUGGGGUUUGCUUCGUUCGAACGGAACACCGAUUUACGAUAUUGAUAUCUCCGGGAAGCGGCCUCUUUCCAGUUACAAACCAUUGCCUGCAGCAAGAACCAACAUUCCGUAUAGAGGUAAGCUUUGGUGCGAGGUGGCUCCAGGGGCCGAUGUGGCGAACCUGUUGUCGGCAUUGUCGUAUGCUUGCAGCCAAGGUAACCAGACUUGUGCCGCAUUGAACCCUGGAAAACAGUGUUACGAGCCGGUAUCGGUGUUUUGGCAUGCUAGUUAUGCAUUUAGCUCAUACUGGUCUAAGUUCCGAAAACAAGGUGCAACCUGCUACUUCAAUGGCUUAGCCAGACAGACCAGACGUAACCCAAGUCGUGGACAGUGCAAUUUCCCUAGUGUGACUCUCUGAAGAUGAUGAUUGAUGAUAUAAAGCUCAAGCUUUAACUUCCAUCAGGGAAUUCAGACACAGUGGAGUGGAUUACAUAUAUAUA